UGGAUACAGCCGGCAUGAUGGCGGAGGGCUCGGCUCCAAGCCUGGCCGAACGGGCGAGGGGCUAGCUGACGGCACCGGGCGGAAAGGACCCCAGACGGCGCCGAGGUGCCGGCCGGGGGAGGGCGGGCUAGCGGCGGGCUGGCUGCAGGCCGACGCCCCGCCUCAGACCCGCCCCUACGGAUUGUCAUCCGGGAACGUACACCACUUGUUAGCUGAAAGCCCUGCCGCUCACAAUAGAACGCCCGCCCCCCUCUCUCUCUGAUUGGGUAAAUAGUAAAGAUACCCGGCGAUGAUUGGUGCAGUACCAGGCUAUUUCCGUUCGGAGCUGGGAGGCAGGGGGCGUUGCCCUAGAGACAGGCGGAGUUCGAUGACACACCCUGGGACCGCCCCCUGAACGGCCGAGACCAACUCUAAUUGGAUGGACCACCAGCUCCGCGCCAGUAGGGCGGGAUGUAAGAGGCCGAAGGAGGCGGAACUUCGGGAAAAGAAGACCAAUGGGGUGGAGCCCCGGAUGUCGCACGAGCCGAUGCACUGGUGCCUGAACCUCAAGCGGUCCUCUGCCUGCACCAACGUGUCCUUGCUCAACCUGGCUGCCAUGGAGCCCGACUCUUCAGGCACAGACUCUACCACAGAGGACAGUGGUCCACUAGCACUGCCAGGGCCACCUGCUUCCCCUACAACACCCUGGGCUCCAGAGGACCCUGACAUCACAGAACUACUGAGUGGGGUCAACAGUGGAUUGGUACGUGCCAAAGACUCCAUCACCAGCUUAAAGGAAAAGACCACGCGGGUUAAUCAGCACGUUCAGACACUGCAGAGCGAGUGCUCUGUGCUGAGUGAGAAUCUGGAAAGAAGACGGCAGGAGGCAGAAGAGUUGGAGGGGUACUGCAGUCAAUUGAAGGGCCCCCGCCCUGAUGUCCUGACCCAGGAGAACUGCCGCAAGGUGACCCGUUCAGUGGAAGACGCUGAAAUCAAAACCAAUGUCCUGAAGCAGAACUCUGCCUUGCUGGAGGAGAAGCUAAGGUACCUCCAACAGCAACUGCAGGAUGAGACGCCCCGGAGACAGGAGGCCGAGUUGCAGGAACUGGAGCAAAAACUGGAGGCUGGCCUCUCCCGGCAUGGCCUGAGCCCUGCCGCUCCCAUUCAGGGCUGCUCCGGUCCUCCUGGCAGCCCCGAGGAAGCCUCGCGGCCGCGAGGCCUGUCCUCCAGUGGCUGGGGCAUGGCAGUCCGCGCAGGGGAGGGACCCUCGCUGAGCGAGCAGGAAUUGCAAAAGGUCUCCACCGGCCUGGAGGAGCUGAGGAGGGAGGUGUCCUCGCUGGCAGCCCGGUGGCAUCAGGAGGAGGGGGCGGUGCAGGAGGCCCUGAGGUUGCUGGGAGGCCUGGGCGGCCGUCUGGAUGGCUUCCUGGGCCAGUGGGAGCGGGCGCAGCGGGAACAAGCACAGUCCGCACGAGGCUUGCAGGAGCUGCGAGGACGAGCAGAUGAGUUGUGCACCAUGGUGGAAAGGUCGGCAGUGUCUGUUGCCUCACUGAGGAGCGAACUGGAGGCUCUGGGCCCAGUAAAACCCAUUCUGGAGGAGCUGGGACGGCAACUUCAGAACUCCCGAAGGGGAGCUGACCAUGUCUUGAACUUGGAUCGGUCUGCCCAAGGCCCGUGCGCGCGCUGUGCCAGCCAGGGGCAGCAGUUAUCCACGGAGUCCCUACAGCAGCUGCUGGAACGUGCGCUGACCCCACUGGUGGAUGAGGUGAAGCAGAAGGGCCUGGCUCCUGCCUGCCCCAGUUGCCAGAGGCUACACAAGAAGAUUCUGCCCAGUCCAGUAAGCCCAGCGGCGCCUACACUCCUCUCCCCAGGAGCUGGAGCGCCAGGCCUUGGCCAAACACGUCAGGGCAGAGGCCCUGAGCUCCACCCUUCGGCUGGCCCAAGACGAAGCCGUUCGGGCCAAGAACCUACUGCUGACGGACAAGAUGAAGCCGGAGUGAGGACAGAGGCGGAGGGCAUGGGAGGAGGGGAGAAGGUGGCCACUUUGGACUAUAUGCAUUUGAAGAUGUGCUCCCUCCACGACCAACUCAGCCACCUGCCACUUGAGGGGUCCACAGGGGCAAUGGUGGGAGGAAGCAAUGGAGGGGCGCCCCCUAAACGUGGGGGCCCAGGCUCUGAACAAUAAAUGGCCUCUCAUGCUGGCAUGAGUU